AAACACAAAUAUGUUGAGAUAAUUCGGAAGUUUCGACGAUUUCCGGUUCGAGAAACGAGCUAAAAUUGGAAAAACGAAACGAAAAAAUCUGGUCUUCGAGACCUUGUCAGGGAAAUUCAACAUGGCCUUGUUAAUAAGAAACCAUCUGCACCAGUCAGAAUUACAAUGUCGGACAAUGAUUUAUUUUUCCAAGAACACUUAACGUAAAGUUCUGUUCUAGAGCAUCUGGCUAUUCUCAUUUUUUUUGCAAGUUGAAGCGUUUUUGUUUUCAUUUCUUAAAUGUCUUAACCACGUUGUAUGAGGGUGUAGAGCAAUUGAGAAAACACGUUUGAGAAAAUGGAUAUCCAGACUGUUGAAAAAUGACUGAACAUUGCUCAGUAUAGAUGUAAAUAUGUAGCUCAAUAUUUUAGUAGAAUUGAGUAUCGUACGUCUUAGUUUUAAUUGUUGUGUAUUGCACAUGAGUGUAAAUAUUUGUUUAUUGCAUCAAUUAAUCAACAUUCCCUCAUAAUUCAAACCAACACAAUGUCAACUAAUGUUGGAGAUCCGUCAAUGAGAAAGAGUCAGAGACUUGGCAGACUUCAAAAGCUCUUGCAAAAGAAACAAGAGUCAUUAGCAGAUCAAUUCAACUUCAAGAUGCUGGUCACUUUUCAUUUUAAAGGAAAGAAAAGUAAUGCAGUAUUCCAAGUGGACAAUGUACAUCCGGUUAUGACAAACAAUUAUGAAGAUUGCAUUAUGCAAGGAGUAAAGGAUGAAGCAUAUUCUGAGGAGAGCAUGAGAGAGUUGCUUGAGAAAGACACAGUGCAGUUCCACGCCCCGAAGUGGCAGUCACUGAGGAGGGAUCUGUAUGGCAGCACUACCAACGUGGAUUAUUUCAUAUGGCCACGGAAUGAUGUUGAGAAGAUUGAAUGCUCACUGUUUUCAAAGUGGAAGGAGGACAUUGGACCAUAUAGAAAGAUUGAGGUCAACUUUGAGUUUCUCUACAGCGACAUCGACAAGCAGGCAGUGUACCUGGCUUCCAGCAAAAAUGACACUGGUCUGAUCAUUGCUAAUCCAGAGCAGAAUGUGUUCCUCUUCACAGAUAGACUGAAAUUACAGUCCCACACGCGAGAGGUCACGAUUCUGAAACUGUGCUGCCUGUGUGUGUACCUGCCUCAAGACCAGCUCACAGCCUGGGGCCUGCAGACACUCGAUCAAACACGGUCCGCCCUCCAAGCUGUAUAAACAUUCAGUCAAAAGACUGUUUGCCCAAUGGCCAAACAAAUUUUACAAUUUGCUGAAUAGAAAAACUCAAAUUAUUAAAUAUUUUGAGAAAAAAAAGUCAUUUUAUUUUGCGAUUUUCCCACCAACAACAUUAAAAGAUACAAGUUAA